AUGGAUGUCAAGUGCCCAGGCUGCUACAAGAUCACGACGGUGUUCAGCCAUGCUCAGACUGUCGUGCUGUGUGUCGGCUGUUCCACUGUUCUGUGCCAGCCCACUGGGGGCAAGGCCAGGCUCACAGAAGGCUGCUCAUUCCAGAGAAAGCAACGCUGA